AUGCCUGCUCCACCGUCGCCCGAUCCACCGAUACCUGAUCCACCCGUGGAGAUGCAACCCAAGACGUCUGAAAACGAGGCAAGAGAAGAUGCGCUUCUCUCCAGGGUAGAGACACUGCUUCAGAAGCGCAACCAGGAACCUCGCGUUGUGUAUGAAGACCCGCCGUUCUCGAGACUGGCGAAGGUAUUGCAAGAGCGCGAAGUUCAAAGCGAACGGGAACGAGCCAAUGCAGCAACUGAAGCGCGCAUGAAGCAGAUACAGGAUGCUCAUGAAAAAGACGAGGAGAGAAUGAAGCAACUCGAAAGCCUCAUAGCAGCUCAAUCGGCAGAGCAAAGGCGUAUGGAAUCUAUGUGGGAAAUGGAAAGAAGGGCUAUCGAAGCAGAAGCUGCAAAGCAAGCUCAAAGCGUGAGGGAUCUGGCAGCGAAAGAGAUCGCGGCCGCGCAAAUGGCCAAAGAAACAGCUCAAACAGCACUCAAUGCUGAGAAGCUAGAAACCGAGAGAGAAGCGAGGAAGAGAGCCGAUGCCAUGUUCAAGGCCGAAAAAGAACGAACGGAUGAAUUCCACAAAUUGCAACUGCAGCGUUACGAAGAGCUACUUCAUGAGCUACGAGAGCAGCUGCUGAACUCAGAGCAUGAAAGCGAUCGGGCUAUAAGACGAAGUCAACCGGUGCAUACCUACUUCUUUGAUCCCGACUACGAACCGCAGUUUUCUCCAUCCGAGACCGCACCAGGCAAGGAAUCGAUCACUAUCCAGAAAGCCCUCGUGGAAGAAUAUGCGCUGAUCGAACUGGGCUUCAAAUUCCAUACCAACGACACGGGAGUCUAUGUUCUCGAUGGCAGGUUGACAUAUGUAAAGAAUGCCGCUCACUAUCAGUACGACGCUCACGCUAACGGUCCGUAG